AUGGAAGCAAAGGAGAAAAUGAGGAAGGGAAAAAUGAAAAAAUCAGAAAUGGAGAAAAUCAGAAAGGAAGAAAGAGCGAUAGCGAGAGAGACAAAGGAAAAAAGAAAAACGAAAGAAAAAGAGAAAAACAGAAAGAGAGAGAGGAAGAAAUUCAGAAAAGGAGGAAAGGAAAAAGACGGAAGCAAAGGAGGAAGGAAAAAGGGACAAAGAGAGGAAGGGACUAAGGGAGAAAAAGAGAAAUGGAGAAUUAGUCAAAGAGAGAAAGAGAGAAAGGAAGAAAGAAAACAGAACGAAAGAGAGAAAGGAACAAAUACAGAAAAGGACAAAAAGGAGAUAGGAGAAAGAAAAAAACGGAGAAUAAGAGAAGGGAGAAAGAAAGAAAGAAUAAAAGACAGGAAAAGAGAACGUGAGAAAGGGAAGAAAGAAGAAAGUGAGAAUGGAGAGAAGGCUAGGGAGAAAAAAGAAAGCGGGAAAUGGAAAAACGGUCAAGGAAGAAAGAGAAAAUGGAGAAAGAGGGGAAGGGAGAAAAUGAAACAAAAAAAAUGGAGAAAAGGAGAAAGGAAGAAAGAGCGAAAGAGACAAAGGGAGAAAGAAAAACAAAAGAAAGAGAGAAACACAAAGAGAACGAACGAAGCAAAAGACAAUAUUAUAAAACUUAGAGGGAAAAAAACAGAAAGGAAGAAGGAAUGA